CAGAUCCAUUUUUAAACUAAACUUAUCAACGCAAUGUCAAACAUCUCAGUUUUAUCUAUGAAAACCGAUCUCACAUUUUUACGUAAUUAAAAAUAAAAUAUAAUACAAACUAAUUGCAUUUACCGAAAAAGAGAUAUAGUUCUUAUAAAAGCUCAUGAGUAAUUAAUAAUAAAUAGUUUUAAAAACCAUUUAAUUUUGUUUUUCUCAAUUCCUUUUCACCUCAUCCUUGCUUUUUGAGUCAAUUUUUCAUAUGUUUGUCAAAAGUCAAUUUUUACAUAAAUGAGUCCUAUGUCCCAACUAUUAUUUUCUACAAUUUUUUUUAGUUGUAAUUUUAAUACAAAUUUUUUUUUACAGGAAAUGUUUCCGGUUAUACUUGAAAAAAUGUCCGAGAACAUUAUAUAUUAUAGCGUAACCUUAUAAAAUUAACAAAAUUUGGGAAAAAAAUUCUACAGUUUAAUGGGUUAAUAAUACGUAUCUGUCAAAUCAGCUCGUAUUUUCAGCCUCCAAAAUGAAGUUUGUGAAUAAGUCAGUGGAACAAACUAAAUUAUUAAGUGUGCAAUCUUCCUAAUUACCCAUCGAUUUGAUUUCUGUGUUAUGCAAGAAAAGUAUAUAACGACAAAAGUUGUGCUAAGAGACAUAGGUGCCUUUCCUAAACACAUGGGACCAUAGUUCCCAAGAGAAAUGCAGAUAGAAUUAUUAAAAGACAAAAUGCUUGUUUCAGAUAGUGACAAUUUCCUACUCUCAAACCGCUCAUCACAUCGCUUUUUGACCAAAUCAUCUCCUCUGAUUAUGGAAAUUAUGGUCUAUUUCUCCGGAGAUUUUUCUUUCGUUUUAAAAGACUAUGCUUUUAAUUGAUGCUUUAUUGAAACCAACAUUAUCAUAUACUACUACUACAUGCUUUUAAUUGAAAGCAGCUUUUGUACAAGCACUUGGUGCCUUGGUGGAAUAUCAGAGUAUUGGUGGUUUAGCAUGUGAUCGAAGCGAUCUUGACCUUAAAAUAUGUUUCAUAAAACCACAAAGUAAUAUUAUUAAAAUUUUGUUUUGAGUCUUUUUAUUUUUUUGUUAAUUUGGUUUGAAUCUUAAGAGACUAGAAAAAAUAUUGUUACUUACAUUUAAGGAAAUAUUAUCUUUUAAAAAGAGUUAAUGAAAGUGUGAAACUAACCCUUGCAUCUACAUUUUUACAUUUUUAUAUUUUUAUAUUUUACACUUAUUUCUCUUCAGUGCAAAUUACGAUAUAGCUACAUUUUUUUUUCUUUUGAGCAACACGAUAUAGCUACAUUAACAAUAAUUAAUUGGUCUGUAAGUGUAGUGGUCCGACAUAACCGUUCGUAGCCUCACCACGUCAAGUUCAAGAGUCAUCGACUGGUCCUACAUGUUUCCCGUUUUCUAUCCACAUAUACACUAUUACCAAAAAUGAGAUCCUUAUAGCCACUCAUUUUAGAGAGUUCACGAUAGAAUCAAAACUACUAUACCAGUUAAAGAGCUGAAAUUUGGGGAAUAAUUGAAAGCUAUUGGAAAAGAGGAACUCAGAUUCAGAGCUUUGAGAAAAAAAAUAGCAAAAAUGGAGAGGAGCGCGCACAUGGUUGGUGUUUGCAAAAAGAAAUUUAAAAGAAUAAGAAUAAUAAAAGAAAAUAACUUUUGUUUGGAAGUGUCACAAGCUCUUCCUAACCACAAAUCCUGCCCUGCUUUGUACUCUUCAGUACAUUUGCAAUUUCCAAAGUCCGUGAUUAACGGUCUUUAACGACACCUCUGCUCUGCAGGUAGACAGGGACACGCAUUGACUCAUUUUGAAAUGUUCUUUCAAAUAUGUUAUAUGUUUCGAGCAAGUUCAUUUAUUUGUAGAAAAUAAUAUUUCAGUAAAAAAUAAUAAUAAUACUAUUUCGUACAAAAUUAAAAUGCUUCUUCGAGUAAACAUUUGUUCAUAAACAAUUUUCCUUUAUUUUUUGUUAAAACAACUCAUUAUUCACAUAAGUAGCAGAUAACCAGCAAUAACCCAUGCUUUGAAGCUUACAUGCCAGACACUUGAAACGCAGAGUUCGGCUCAGCAAACGACUCAUGUUUUUGUUGAGCUUGUAUAGCGGUUAGUGUAAAGCUUCUAACGACAUUAUCUUGAACAAUCAAUUUUUACCUUUUGUAAAAAAAAACGUUUUUUGUAUGAUAUUUUUUAUUUUAACCUCAAUUUUACGAUUAUAUUUAUUAAAAAAUAAAUAAAUAUUUUUUUAAAUUACAGUUAACAUUUUUAAGGACACCGUUUGAUAUUGUAAACUUUUAACUUGUGUUGACAUCAAAAGAUAACUCUUAUUUAUAUACAUCACAUGAAAAUAUAAAUCUAAUGCUAUAAGGACUUUAGUAUAUGACUUAUCAAGGCUUUAAUAGGAUUCCUUUAUCUAAUAUGUCCCUUCAAGUUGGAAAGUGAAGAAGGUUUGCAUAAAAAUAAAAUGAAAGUUGGAAAGUGAAAAUUUCGAACCCAACUUAGAUGACAAAACUUCAAACUAAGGGAGACUAAAAGCCUUGGUUAGUUGGUUAGUAUUUUGCGAUCUCUCUAGUGCGGAAAUGAACAGUAGAAAUGAGGCUGGCUUUGACUACAUCCCAACACUGGCAAUCUCGUCGAUUGGUUACACUGUUGUUAAUCACCAUUUAAACAGUUAAGAAAUAUGAAAGAGUCUAUUUUACUUUUAUGCAGACAUCUGUUUGAGUUUUAGCUUUUUGUGUUGUAAAUGGUGAUAUACAACAAUUUUAUCAUAAAUGAAAUCAUUCGGCAUCCAUUUUUAAGAGCCUAAAAGUUGUGUAUGUUUCAAACUUUCUAAUACAUAUAAUACUAAAAUUUAAAUCCAGAUAGGACCAACCAUAAAAUGGCUCUAACCUCUAAUGUUUUUAGUGCCAUUGUGUGCGUGGCUUCUACACAUAUUUCUCACCUCUCUCCCAGACAAAUAGAAAUACACAACACAUGCAUGUCAUUAUAAAUAUUUACACCUCACCCCUCAAUAUUAUCCACCAACUCCCUCUCUCUACAAACACAACAAAAAGCUUUUCUCUUCAAUUCACUCAAACACACAAGAAAAUGGCCAUCCUCAAGAAAUCUACACAACUUUCCCAAACAACAAUGCUUAGGCAUAUUCUGAAGAGAUGUUCGAGCUUGGGAAAGAAGAACGGAGGAGGAGGAUAUGAAGAAUAUGAUCUCCCACUUGAUGUACCAAAGGGACACUUCCCAGUCUAUGUAGGAAAAAGUAGGAGCAGAUACAUAGUUCCUAUCUCUUUUUUGACCAAUCUUGACUUCCAAUGUCUCCUUAGAAGAGCUGAGGAAGAGUUUGGUUUUGAUCACGACAUGGGUCUCACCAUUCCUUGUGAUGAACUCUUCUUUCAAGAUCUGACUUCCAUGAUCCGAUGAGAUCUAUAUAUUUUCAACAAGACGAAGAACAAGUAAGCUAAAGGAGAUAGAGAUGGAGAUGGUUAAAGAUGAAGUUUUUUUAUUUUAUUUUUUGUAGCUUCUCUUUUUUUUGAACAUCCUCUCUCGUUUCUUUAGUUUGAUGUUUGGCUGUAUUUCCUAUAUCUUCUCUGUUUCUUUUGUCGUAUUUUUAGCUCAUAUCUUGGGUAUUUUUAUUGGUCCAGUUUGACUCGUCUAACCAAAAAAACCCACGAGAUGGAAAUUUUUGGGUUUAAAUCUCUGAAGAAAGCUUGUAAUAUUUUCCUCACGGCCUCAUGGGUAUUUGGUUUGUUACUUAAUAUGCGAGAGAGGUUAAUUAUUAUGUUUGAUGAUCAGUAUGCUCUACAUAGUACAUGCAAUAAAAACCUAAUAAAUCAAGUUUUAUAGCAAA